AUGUCUAACAAACAAGGAAAGAUGGCCGGUUACAUUAAUUGGCGAAUGCGCGUCAUUUUGAAUGACGGACGUGCCAUGACCGGCCAGAUGCUUGCAUUUGACAAGCAUAUGAAUAUAGUCCUCGCCGAUACCGAAGAAUUCAGACGUGUGAAGCGAAAGGCUAACAAGCCGUCCGCUCCCGGCUCAUCAUCCCAGGUUGUCGAGACGGAAGAAAAACGAACUCUCGGUCUGACCAUUGUUCGCGGCGCCCACAUUGUCUCCCUCUCCGUCGAGUCUCCUCCCCCAGCCGAUCCCAGUGCUAGACUUGGAAAGAGUGCUCCGGGCGGCAUUCCGUCGACGCUCGCAGCCGGACCUGGAGUCGCCAAACCCGCUGGUCGUGGUGCCCCUCCUCCAUCCUUGGCUGGUCCUGCCGCCGGAGUUGGCGGUGGCGCUCCGCCCCCAGGCUUUCCCGGUUUCCCGGGAGCCCCCGGCUUUCCUGGUGCCGGACGAGGUGGUCCUCCCCCCGGCUUCCCGGGAGGUUUCCCUCCCCCGCCUGGAGGAUUUCCCGGAAAUGCGCAAUUCCCUCCCCCGGGGUUUAACCCCCCCGGCGGUGGCCCUCCUGGAUUUAACCCACCUCCACGAAGAUAG